GUUUUAGCCAAACAAGUCAUCAUCGGCGGAGACCAUGACCGUUACCAGCUUUGUACGGAACUCCGUGGUGGCUUCGACGUCAUGGAACGUGCGUCUGAGAGAGCUCGCAUAUCAGUCAUUGUUUGCUGAAUCUAUCUCUCUUUACCGGUCAAUGCUCCGUUCAGGUUCUUCUCCCGACGCGUUCUCGUUCCCUUUCAUUCUCAAGUCAUGUGCUUCCCUUUCGCUGCCUGUCUCCGGCCAACAGCUCCAUUGCCACGUGAUCAGAGGAGGUUGCGAAGCUGAGCCCUUUGUGCUGACGGCUCUGAUCUCUAUGUACUGUAAAUGCGGUUUGGUAGAGGAUGCACGCAAGGUGUUCGAAGAAAAUCCUCAGUCAAGUCAGCUUGGUGUUUGUUACAACGCUUUGAUAUCUGGGUAUACAGCAAACUCGAAGGUCUCUGAUGCUGCGUUUAUGUUUCGUAGGAUGAAGGAAACUGGUGUGUCUGUGGAUUCAGUUACAAUACUUGGGCUUGUCCCGCUUUGCACGGUUCCUGAAUACCUCUGGCUUGGGAGGUCUCUUCACGCUGAAUGUGUUAAAGGAGGAACAUAUUCUGAAGUAGCUGUUUUGAAUAGUUUCAUCACGAUGUACAUGAAAUGCGGGUCGGUAGAAUCGGGUAGGAGGUUGUUUGAGGAGAUGCCUGUGAAGGGUUUGAUUACUUGGAAUGCUGUGAUUUCUGGAUAUUCACAGAACGGGCUAGCUUACGAUGUUCUAGAACUUUAUGGGCAGAUGAAAUCAUCGGGUGUUUGUCCUGAUCCUUUUACAUUGGUUAGUGUUCUGUCUUCUUGUGCCCAUCUUGGAGCUAGGAAGAUUGGUCAGGAAGUAGGGAAGUUAAUAGAAGCCAAUGGUUUUGUACCAAAUGUGUUUUUAAGCAAUGCAUUGAUUAGUAUGUAUGCUAGAUGCGGUAACUUGGCAAAGGCACGUGCUGUUUUCGACAUCAUGCCUGUAAAAAGCUUAGUUUCAUGGACCGCCAUGAUAGGUUGUUAUGGGAUGCAUGGAAUGGGAGAGACUGGGCUUACGCUUUUUGAUGAUAUGAUAAAAAGAGGCAUAAGACCCGAUGGGGCGGUGUUUGUAAUGGUUUUAUCUGCUUGCAGCCAUUCAGGGCUAACCGAUAAAGGUUUAGAGUUAUUUAGAGCGAUGAGGAGAGAGUAUAAGCUGGAGCCUGGUCCUGAACACUACUCUUGCUUAGUUGAUCUACUCGGAAGAGCUGGUCGACUAGAUGAUGCCAUGGAGUUUAUAGAUUCAAUGCCUGUUGAACCGGACGGUGCUGUUUGGGGUGCUCUCUUGGGUGCAUGUAAAAUCCAUAAGAAUGUGGAUAUGGCAGAGUUAGCAUUUGCAAAGGUGAUUGAGUUUGAACCCAUGAACAUUGGCUACUAUGUAUUGAUGUCAAAUAUAUAUUCAGACUCAAAAAACCAAGAAGGAAUCUGGAGAAUUCGGGUAAUGAUGAGAGAUAGAGCAUUCAGGAAAAAGCCUGGGUAUAGUUAUGUGGAACACAAGGGAAGAGUUCACUUGUUUUUAGCUGGCGAUAGAAGUCAUGAGCAAACAGAGGAAGUCCACAGAAUGCUGGAUGAGUUAGAGACUUCUGUGAUGGAGCUUGCGGGAAACAUGGACUGUGAUAGAGGCGAAGAGGUUUCGAGCACUACCCGUGAGCAUAGCGAGAGGUUAGCAAUAGCUUUUGGGAUUCUCAACAGUAUUCCAGGCACAGAAAUUCUUGUGAUAAAGAAUUUGAGGGUUUGUGAAGAUUGUCAUGUGUUUAUCAAGCUGGUUAGCAAGAUUGUAGAUCGUCGGUUUGUUGUAAGAGAUGCAUCUCGGUUCCACUAUUUCAAAGACGGGGUCUGUUCGUGCAAAGAUUACUGGUGAUAGGCUAUUUUUAUUUUUCGC